UUUUUAUACGAGAAUGAAUUGAAAUCUUGCGUUCUUGAUACAUCUGUAAUGAUGGGCCAGCAUACUGUUAAGGAUAUUGCUUGUCACAUUCAGACUAUUCUAGAUCACUGGACGAUAACUAAAAAUAAAAUAGUGUGCAUUACUACUGAUAAUGGAAGUGAUGUGAAAGCAGCUUGUACUAUCUUACAAAUAAGAAAUCUCCCGUGCUAUGCACAUACUCUAAACUUAGUAAUUAAAGAUGCAAUAAAAGAGAAUAAAGAUUUUGAUGCAAUCGUUAAAAAAUGUAGUGAUAUUGUUACAUUUUUUAAAAGAAGUAACAAGGCCAUGAAAGUUUUAAAUAAUGAGCAGGUUACGCUCGGUCGGAAAGUGCCACUAAAAGUCUUAAAAGACGUAGAAACAAGGUGGAAUAGCACUUAUAUUAUGUUAGAUAGACUUAUUGAAAUUGGAGAUGCGUUGACCAUAGCACUUAGCAAAUCUGCUAAAGCUCCAUCCAUUUUAAUGCCAGAAGAAAAAGACGUGAUAACUGAGGCUCUUUUAGUCUUAAAACCAUUUAAAGAUAUAACGGAACAAAUGUCAGGAGAUAAAUAUGUUACGGCAUCAUUAAUAAUACCAAUGACAGUGGAAAUACAAAUGGAAUUAACUCGACUUAGACCCACUCUGAAAUGUUCUAUAGCUCAAGGGCUAGAAAAAUCAUUACAAAGUGUUUUGAGUAAUAGAUUGUUCAAAUACGAGGCAAGACAGGAACCUCAAAUUAGCACUUUUUGUGACCCAAGUCUGAAGAAACUCGCAUUUUUGUCCACCAUUAACGCCAAAACUGCUCAAGAUUUAACAGAAGACGAGGUGAAAAGGAUAAUUCAUAAAAAUAAAAAUGAAAUCAGAACUACAAAUUCCGGAGUUUCAGAAAGAGAAGAGCCUAAAGGAAUUUUCAAAUAUUUACAAGAGAGAGACAAAAAUGUAACGAAUAGUAAUAUAGCAGCUGCUAUAACAAUAGUAAAUGAUUACAUCAAAGAUAGACUGAAACCUGAAAACGAAGAUCCUAUUAAAUUUUGGUUGUCAUGUAAAGACAAUUUGCAACCUCUAGCAAAAGUCUUUAGUCCCAGACAAAAAAUCGAGAGGGUUCCAAUUGCCUACAAAUCGAUUGCCUACAGCGUCGAUUGUCAACAUCUCAAUUGCCUACAAGACGAACUGCACACAAGUAAUACUGCCUACAGAUUGAUUGCCUACAGUCUCAAUUGCGCACAAGUAAAAAAUUAA